CACUGUUCCUGCGCAAACACAAAAACAUUUUCUUCUCUUAAAAUCAUAAUUCCCAACAUUUUCCGGAGUAAAAAACUUUCCUAUAAUAAAGUCGUAGAACCAUGCUAUAAAAAUUUUAGGACUAGGACAAAUUUUCGGACUUGAAGGUAGGCUUAUUCUCAAUGAAAAACAAGCACUUCUCGCUCUCCACUCUCUCUCUGCAAUUUUCUCUGGGAGAAAAUUGGUUUUCUCUCAAAACUCCAUUUAACUUACAUUUGUUGUAUAAAAUGCGACAAAAUAUUACGAAAAAAUUCAGUACUAUAACGGUUUUCGUCGUCGAUGAAACAAAUAAUUAUCCUUCCAACCGGUGUUUUUUGAGAAUCGUUUCAUAUAAAUCACAGCCUUGACAAAUUAUUAAAAAAAAAAAGAAAAAAAGAUCCAAACCCAAAACAACUGAGAAUUUUGAAUGUGAGAGUAGUUGUAGCUCUUUCGAAUCAAAUUCAUUCAGUCAUGAUAAGCGGUUACGUUUUGAAUGAGUGCAAAUUGUGAAACUACUUUUAUCCUUGAUUGUAUCUUAAGGAUUUAGCCUCUAGAUUGAUUGUGUUGGGGGAACAAGAAAAUAAAAUUUAAAUUAAAUAACCACCCUCAAAUGUUUGUUGCCACAAAAUAAAAAAAGGAAAAACUCAAAUAAAUCAAAGUCCUGGGAACAAAUCAAAAAUUCUCAAGGAUCAGCUAAAAAUCAACUCAACCAGGAAUAUACACUCGUAGUCGUACACACACCUCCAACUUCUUCAUUUUCCUCUUUUUUCCCAAUAGCCUUACCGUACUUAUUUAUUUAUGCGGCAAUAAUUUUUUCUCCUCGCCUUUAUUUCAUCCGUGGUACUUUUUUCUUCGUCUUCCAUUUUCGUGUUUGUCGUGGUCGUUCGUCGGUUUUAUAUUCGUUGAUUUUUUUCUUCUUCUUCUCGUGACGAGAGACGACGUCGGUGGAUGGCGGUGGAAAUAUUUCCAAGUUAUUCGUCCUCUUCAUCAAAAGCAAAACCAAAACCAAACCGACCCCCAAACUACCCCAACAAAUAAAAUUUAUACCUACCAACCGACUUACUUACAAAAAAUAAAAAAAAAAAUAUUAAGGUAAAAUGAAACCAAAGGGAAAGUUCCUUCCGAACGUUGUUUGAAUAAUUAAUUAUAAUCAGCUUUUGGAUUAUUGUUUACAUUUAACUAUAACAAGUGCGAGUCCUGCAGAAAGAAAGAGGGAAAAUUUAAUCCCGCUCAAAGGGACAGGGAACGUUGACGACUGUGUAUAUCGUCAGCCAAAAAGAAUUAAAACAAAAAACCACAUAACUACCCCACUGCAUAGUCGAACUUACAAGAAUAUUAUUUUACUUAACGCACCGUGAUUUAUGACUGAAAGGAUUCACGGGAGCGAGCCUGCAAUGACGUUAAUUAUUGAGAAGCCACAAUCAAUAAUAUCCUUGUCAAAUGUAUUGAUAUGUUCGUUAAUUGCAAUGAAAUAUGUGAAAAGUAAAAAGAACGCAGAUUUUAAAUGAAAAAUAAUCAGAAAUAAAAAGGAAGGAUUGGUAAAUUGUUGUGCAUAUUUAAAAUCUGCUUUCAAAAGAAAAGAAGUGUUCAUGUGUGUGAAAGUCCUUUAAACAGGAUAAUACUUAGUGAAGUGAAGUGUAUUUUGCAAAAAAGGGAAGGAAAUAAGAUUUAAGUGAAUGAAUGAAAGAAUACAUACAAAAAAGAAGAUUAUAAGGAAGAUACAAAAUUAAAUAAGAAGAAAUAAAAUUCAUAAAGAAUAAUUGUGUGAGUUGAGAAAAAUAAAAUAAUAAACGGAAUUAAAGAAAACGAGGAAAAAGAAAAACUCCUUCAAAAAAAAAAAUCAAAUUAAAAGAAAAGGGAUAAAAGUACUUUGAACUCGUCUUCGUCUUUGUCGUUGGCAUCAAAGUCUUAUACCGUUGUAAUACAUUUGAAAAAAAAGUAAUAACAAAUUAAGGAUUGGUAACAACUUGGAUUAACCCAAAUGAAAAUCUUUAACAUCAUGGAGGUGUUUCUUGUUGCUAAUCAUUUGAUGAUGGAAAAUCAUCGACCAAACCUCAUCAUAAUUUCAAUAUCGAUGUUGUAUUGGUUUAAAUCCUCAGUGGAUUGUUGGAAAUUUGAUGCACGAUUUGCGGCUGGCGGUGGUGGCGGUGGUGGUUCUGGCGGUAAUGGCGCUGGUGGUGGUGGUCCUGCCACUAAUCCCACAGCUACAGGCAGUGCCCAUGGGCAAAAUGUUGCGAAUAGUCAUAAUGGAGCUGGAGUUGCUGGUGUUAUUGGUGGUGGUGGAGCAACAGGAGGUGUUGGUGUAAAUGUAGGUGGUGUAGGUGGAGGUGGUGUUGGUGUAGGUGUUGGUGUCCAUCAACGGUCGAAUAUUUCAACGGGAAAUGGUGGUAGUAAUUCCCAAGGACCAAUGCCACCCCAUCCAGGAAUAACAAUGUUGAAUGUAAACCAACAGGAUAUGCUCUAUGCUUGCCCACUAAAUAGUAUGUGCCAAUGUGCUGGAUUGCCAAAUGAAACAUCAACUUUGAUUGAGAUUAAUUGCAACGAGGUUGCACUUUAUAAAUUUCCUGAAUUUGUACACAGUUCAGUGCGCUACAUUGAAAUGUCACAUACUCAUUUGCAAAGUGUCGACGAUGAGACAUUCCAAGGACUUCGUUUGAAAACGCUCAAACUGAUUGACAAUGAAUUGCAGGAUAUAUCAGAUCGAAGUUUUAGUACGAUGACACAUUCUCUUAUGACGUUGGAUAUAUCUGGUAAUAGAAUGCAACAUAUUCCCUUGGAUGCAUUGCAGAAGUUACAUUCGUUGACACGUUUAGUUGCACAACGCAAUCACAUAACGUCCCUUGAUGGGAAUUGGGAGAGUCUUUUUGACACUUUACGGAGUUUGCAUCUCUCUGGAAACGAAAUAACUGAAAUUGCAUUGAAUUCACAUGACGAUAGCAGCAGAGCAGGUGGAGGAAUUGCAAAUUCGUCAUCGGUAUUUGGCGGCGGUGGUGGGGGUGGCUUACACUAUUCCAUGGCUGUGCAGGGUGCUCAAACAUCGUCGUCGUCAGCAAUGUCAGCUUCAUCAUCAUCCUUGAACUCAAUAUCAGGUCAUAAUCAUAUAACACGUCCAUUUUCAAGGCUACAAAAGCUCCUGUGGCUUGAUUUGAGCAACAAUCGGAUAUAUCAUAUCGGUUCGAACUUCCUGCCCCGCAGUCUUGUCACUAUUGAUUUGUCCAGCAAUUUGUUGGGGAACUUCCCGCAGCAGCUGUUUGAACAUCUCUUCGGACUGAGAAUUGUUUCGCUUCGAGAUAACCUCAUCAGGAGUGUGCAGAAUAAGGAAACCGUUCGGUUAGUGCGGAUGCAUCUGGAGAAACUUGAUCUGGGAAUGAAUCUCAUCGAAGACAUUGAGUCCGAUUGGUUCCAAAACAACUAUAGUGACGUUCAUGUGAGAGCUUUGAAUCUGGAGAAAAACUUCAUUCGACAUCUGCCACCGGCAGCAUUCAAGGGCACCGGAAUUGUACACUUAGUCCUGGCAUUCAACGCUAUUCAAAGAAUCCAUGUCAAUGCCUUCGAUGGAAUCACUGAAACCUUAGAAUACCUUGAUUUAGAGAGAAAUGAGUUAAGUGCAGUUCCUGGAGCUAUAAAGUCUCUCCAUAAAUUGAAGUACCUCUAUCUCACGUCAAACAAUAUCUGCCAACUCUCAAAUCUGCCAGAAUUUGCAGGAAACCUGCGUGUUCUUAGUCUGAGCGGAAACAAUUUUUCCGUGAUACCAGUGAAUGCUUUGAAAAAUUUCACCGAACUGUCCUACCUCAAUAUGGGUUACAACACAAUCACCGAAAUUCCCGAGAAUAUCUUCACAGUGUGGGGCAGCCAAUUGCAAACGAUUCUCCUGCGAAACAACAAAAUCACUCAUCUUCAUCUUGGUUCCUUCAACGGCCUCGAUCAAAUAAAGGAGAUCAGCUUGAGCUUCAACGACAUCACUAUCACCAAUCCUUACGUUUUUGAAAACGUCUCCCAGACCCUUAAGAUUCUCGAGCUGUCGUUUGCUGUAUUUCCAGCCAGAAGUCUUGAAUCCAUUGAUCCUCUAGAAGCUCUUAGCCCUCUCACCGAGCUUAUGUGGUUGGGAUUGGAUAACAACAACUUGAAAGCUCUUUCAAAUGAGUCUUUUGCAGGCAUGAAAGAACUGAGCUACAUCAAUCUGGGAUUUAACCAUCUCAAGCAAAUUCCUCAAGGUCUCUUCAUUCCAGAAGUCCACCGCCACUUGGUCGAGAUCGAUCUUUCCUACAACUCAAUCGAAAGCCUUUCCUUCCGAGCUUUCUAUAACUUGGGUGAUCUUCAGACCGUCAAUAUGCAGUCCAAUAAAAUCCGUUCGAUUGACAGACAUGCUUUCUUCAAUCUAGAGUUCCUGCGAUCAAUUGAUUUGUCCUUCAACCGGCUCAAGAAUAUAUCCCACGGAGCUAUGAGUUUCAUGCCAAGUCUUGCCAGCCUCGACCUAACUCACAACUCACUUUGUAUGUUGUCGCUGAAAAUGUUCCAUUACGUGUCAAAUGCUUCAACACCUCUACGCCUAAACAUCAGCCAUAACCAGAUCACCAUAUUUGACGAUGAGUUAAGCUCUUACAUGUACAUCUAUCAUCUGGACGUGAGUCACAAUCUAAUCUCGAAUAGUCUUAGCUUCAGUAACCUUGGGAACACCCUCCGAUUUUUGAAUCUUAUGAACAACGAACUAUCGUCGCUGGGCAAUCAUGCCUUUGGGGAUUUGGAAUUCUUGGAAGUCUUGAAUUUGUCCCACAACAACAUCAGUUCGCUGCGUCGAAGGAGCUUUCAGGGUUUGAAUAGCUUGCAAGAACUUGACUUGAGCAAUAAUCGUCUUGACCAAUUGCAAGUCGAGCAGUUUUCCAACCUCCGAAAGUUGCGAAUUCUUCGUAUCCGCAAUAAUCUCUUGCGAGCUCUUCCUCGGGAAGUUUUCAUGAACACACGUCUGGAAUACCUUGACAUAUCUCAGAACUUUUUGACUGUUUGGCCAGUUCCAGCAUUUACCGAUGUGGGAUUCACUCUGCGAAGCAUUCAAUUUGUGGCAAAUACCCUCGAAUAUUUGGAUUCAAGCAUGUUCAUCAACUCACAAUUCCUGUUCGAUUUAAAUUUAUCGCAAAAUAAGAUCACAGUGUUGCCAGAUAACACUUUUACGUUCCUAAGUAACUUGACAAAUUUGGAUCUCAGCUUUAAUCCUCUGGUGACAAGUAAUUUGCGAGAGGUGUUCAUCCAUACUCCGCGGGUUCGACGUUUGAAUAUUCAAGGAAUGGGUCUUUAUGUCCUCCCACCUUUGAAUCUGCCCUUCCUAUCGCAUCUUGAUGUCAGUGGUAAUCACUUGCAAGAGAUUUCAUCCCUGCAUCCCAUGCGAUUGUUAAGGUUCCUGGAUGUGUCUCGCAAUAAAGUCACCAACAUAAGCAGUGUUGUUGAUCAUCUCCCCAGUUCGUUGAGGGUCCUGGACCUUGCUCACAAUCCCAUCCGAAGAAUCACAGUCCAUGACAUGAUAGGACUGCGUCACUUGAGUGAGCUAAAUAUUCUCGAUGUCAAGAUUGCCAAUCCCAUUGGAUUUUCGAAACUCCGAAGUUUGCGACGACUGCAUAUGUCAUCGGCAUCAAAUUUGGGCGAAAUAGUAUCACGCAUCCCAGGCCUCCAGGAAUUACGAAUCCACGCAGUGGAAUCCAAUAUUGGAGGCAGUUUGCUCGCCAAACUUGUCAAUAAUACAAAAUUGAAUGAAAUCGAGUUGUAUGGAAGUAAUGUGCACACCAUAAGUAGUGACGCUCUAGAAGGUUUAGCCCGGACUCAUAAACUCACAGUUCGAAUAAGACAUACUAAGAUAUCCGAUCUUCCGCCAGGGAUUUUCUAUACUCUGCGGUCGGUUCCACAUUUAUCUAUUGAUAUUUCGGAUAAUCGGAUAAAUGCUUUGGCAGCGGAUAGUUUUUAUCCGAAUAAAACGUACUGGGAUACCGUGGGCACAAGGAGCAUCAUGGGCGGUCUAGAUACAUCGAAUAACCCACUAGAAUGUGAGUGUGGAUUAGUGUGGUUCGGACAUUGGCUAAGAAGAUGGCUACGAGAGUCAGCGCAGAUACGAGUUAUACCUAAAGACGAUAUGAGGCGAAUGGUACAGCGUGCCCGAGCGAAUACAUGUCAUGAUCCAACCACCGGUAAGAAACUUCCCAUAUUGGAAAUAUUCCCCGAAGACUUACUUUGCCAAGCAAGUGCUCUAAGCAGUUCCAGUGCAAAAUUAUUUCUCAUCUCAUUUGCUGCUACAAUACUGCCCAUAUUUAUGGUAUCACUCCGGUUUUUCUCAUAAUAAUUAUUAAAAUUAGAUUUUAAUUUUUAAAAUAAAAACCGAAAAAUCAAUAACAAAAAUAAAAUUAUUAUAAAUAUAUAAAAAAAAUAAUUGCAUUGAGAAAAAGGCUGUAAUAUACACUAACCAUAUUUAAAAAAUAAAAUUGGAGUGAUAUUGUAAAAAUAAAAUAUAUAUAAAUAUUUAAACAAAAACGAAGAAAUGAUGAAGACAUGUCCUAAAAUGACCAAAGACAAAAUAAAAA